AGCUCUACUAUAUAGUAGUCAUAGAAAACACAAUUAUUAUUAUUUGCACAUACACUAAUGACACAUUUUACAUAAAUAAAUACUUUAAAGCCAAUUUCGAACGACGUGUCUACUGCUGCAUCCAAAUCUGUCAGCAUCGUAAUAAGACCAGGGAAGGCAACGACGUCAAGCCGUGUUGUGGGCAACGGCGAGAGUGAAACUUAACGAAAAGCGACACCUGGACACGGGCAAAGGAAUUCGAAGUGGAGGGCAAAUGGCUGGCUCAGCGCUACGUCGCCUAAUGGCGGAAUAUAAACAGUUAACACUAGAUCCACCCGAAGGUAUUGUGGCCGGACCCAUCAGCGAGGAUAAUUUCUUUGAAUGGGAGGCGCUCAUUGCUGGACCCGAAGGCACCUGCUUCGAAGGUGGCGUCUUUCCGGCCCGAUUGGUUUUUCCACCCGACUAUCCACUGAGUCCGCCAAAAAUGAAAUUCACUUGUGAUAUGUUCCACCCCAAUAUAUUUGUCGAUGGACGAGUUUGCAUAUCAAUUCUACACGCUCCCGGCGAUGAUCCCAUGGGCUAUGAGCUAUCGGCCGAACGUUGGAGUCCAGUCCAAAGUGUUGAGAAGAUUUUAUUAAGUGUGGUUAGCAUGUUGGCGGAGCCCAACGAUGAAAGUGGAGCCAAUGUGGAUGCAGCCAUUAUGUGGCGCGAAAGGAGAGAAGAAUUCAACAUUAUUGCGCGGCGUUUGGUACGCAAAACACUCGGAUUACCCACAUAGAGGAGUUUCCUCCACAACUACUACCAAUAUUCCCUAUGAACCAUGCAAAGUAAACACACAGAAAAUGAAACAAAAAAACAAGAAAAAACUAAAAAGAGACAAAUAUAAAUCAGUUCCACCACCCUUCUCUCGCCAAGUUAGCUAAAGUGAAGAGACAAAAUAAUAAAAACUUGGCAAUAUAAUUGGAUGUUCCUUGGGCCAUUCCUGUUAGCCUUACCAUCUUUUAGUAUUGUACAAUUAUCUUAAUUUACCGUAACCCUACGUUUCUCCCCUUCCAAAUUUCCUCCCAACAAAUUUUUGUACCUUCUUUUUGAAUUAUUCGUUUAUUGUGCAAUCCUCAGCUGAAAUUGAAGAUCUUCAGCCCAUAAUUAGCUACACUGGACUCUUUUUUUUUUGUUUUUUUGUAAUUCAACUAAGCUGCGAUUAUUUUCUAUAUAGUGUAAACAAUUAAUUUUGUUGUUGAUUUCGCAUACUUUAAGGCUUUUGAAAAUGUGAAAUGGAGCUCAACUCUAAUAUAAUUAAAGAUAAAACUACAAGAAAA